AUGACGGCCGCAACGUCAAAACCUCGCGACACGCUCGCUCUAUUGACAGGAACCAACACAAGAACUCUUCUGAGAGUCCUCAUCCUUUUCUUCAUCGCUGGCGCAGCUAUCUCCAGUCGUCUCUUUUCUGUGAUUCUCGACCCGUGGUUCAACUUCCGUGCGACCAAGUACCUCGUCGCCAAUGGGUUCUACAACUUCUGGGAUUGGUUUGAUGACCGAACAUGGCAUCCUCUUGGACGAGUCACUGGAGGUACCCUCUACCCUGGUCUGAUGGUGACCAGCGGCGUUAUCUACCACGCUCUCCGUACCCUCACUGUCCCCGUCGAUAUUCGAAACAUCUGCGUUCUUCUCGCGCCCGCCUUCUCUGGAUUGACGGCCUAUGCCGCUUAUCUUCUCACUAAUGAGAUGACCACUACGCACUCCGCUGGUCUCCUUGCUGCGGCCUUCAUGGGAAUCGCCCCUGGCUACAUUUCACGAUCCGUCGCUGGUAGUUACGACAACGAAGCCAUUGCCAUUUUCCUCCUCGUCUUCACCUUCUACCUCUGGGUCAAGGCUCUUAAGAGAGGUUCGAUGGUUAUUGGUGGUUUCUGCGCUUUGUCUUACGGCUACAUGGUUGCGUCGUGGGGUGGAUAUGCUUUCAUUACAUGUCUCUUGCCAGUUCAUGCUUUCACUCUCAUUUGCAUGGGCCGUUACAGCGAUCGCCUUUACCUUAGCUACACAGCGUGGUACGUCGCUGGUACACUGGCCAGCUUCCAAAUUCCCUUUGUCGGCUUUCUCGCUGUUAAGACCAACGAGCAUAUGCCAGCGCUAGGUGUUUUUGGUCUGCUCCAGGUCAUCGCCUUCAUUCUUUUCGUUAAGCGCGUAAUUCCUGGCCGACAAAUCACCACCGUUGUGAUUGCCGCCGGUGUGGUGACUUGCAUGAUCGGCUUGGCUGGCCUGAUCCUUUUGACCUCUCUUGGAUACAUUGCGCCUUGGGGCGGCCGAUUCUACUCCCUGUUUGACACCGGCUAUGCUAAAGUCCAUAUCCCCAUUAUUGCGUCCGUCUCGGAGCAUCAGCCCACUGCCUGGCCCUCAUUCUUCUUUGACAUGAACUUCCUCAUCUGGCUCUUCCCUGCCGGUGUUUACAUGUGUUUCCAGAACCUCCGGGAUGAGCAUGUUUUCGUUGUGGUCUACGCUAUGUUUGCAAGCUAUUUCGCUGGCGUCAUGGUCCGUCUCAUCCUUACUCUGACCCCUAUUGUUUGCGUUGCCGCUGCUAUUGCUGCUUCCCAGCUCCUCGAUACCUACAUGCAAAUCAAGCAGCCUGAUGCUGCGGAGGAGACCAAGAAUGAGGGCUCCGAAAGCUCCAAGAAGAACAAGGGCGCCCUCCGUGCCCUUUCGAAGCCAACGGUCGGUAUCUACACUAUCAUGUCCAAGGUCCUGGUUGUUGGUGCCAUGGCCAUUUACCUAGUCAUGUUUGUCACCCACUGUACUUGGGUCACUUCCAACGCCUACUCGUCGCCCUCCGUCGUGUUGGCCAGCCGCAUGCCAGAUGGUAGUCAGCAUAUCAUUGACGAUUACCGAGAGGCGUACCAGUGGCUCCGACAGAACACCGAGAAGGACGACAAGGUCAUGUCAUGGUGGGAUUACGGUUACCAGAUCGGCGGCAUGGCUGACCGACCCACCCUUGUCGACAACAACACUUGGAACAACACUCACAUCGCGACUGUGGGCAAGGCCAUGAGUUCUCGUGAGGAGGUCAGCUACCCUAUCAUGCGCCAGCACGAGGUUUCCUACGUUUUGGUAGUCUUUGGUGGUCUCAUCGGCUACUCUGGGGACGACAUCAACAAGUUCCUCUGGAUGGUUCGCAUUGCCGAAGGUAUCUGGCCCGAUGAGGUCAAGGAGCGCAAUUUCUUCACCGCUCGGGGAGAGUACAAGGUCAACGAGGAAGCUACCGAGACCAUGAAGAACAGCUUGAUGUACAAGAUGUCGUACUACAACUACGCUGGCAUGUUCCCCCCUGGAAGAGCCGUUGAUCGUGUUCGAAACACCGCCGUGCCUUCUGAGGGUCCUACUCUCGACACUUUGGAGGAAGCUUUUACCAGUGAGAACUGGAUUAUCCGCAUCUACAAGGUCAAGGAUCUUGACAACAUUGACCGUAACCAUGUCGCCGCUGGCGGUUUCAGCCGAGGACAAAAGAAGAAGAAGGCGCUCAAGAAGCGAGUUGCUGUCGGUUCCCGUGUGGACUAA